AUGAUCAACUCAUGGCAGCGAGAGGAUCCAGACUCGGGCCGUUGUGGCGUGGCAGAGGACCCCAUAACUUUGGAACAGCUGCUGUGGGUGGAAACCAUCCAUGCGCUGUCAGACACUGCACCUUGUGCAGAGGUGCCAGUACCUGCCCUGCGGCUCAAGCUGUUUGAUGAGGGUGUGGCCUCUGCUGAAGACCUUCUGGAUGGGCCAUCCGAGCUCGGCGCGGGAGUUCCUCCCGAUGAAGCCCCACGCCUUGCUUCGCUUGCCUUCCUUCGGCAGUACGCUACUAGAGCCGUGCUGCAGGAGGAGUUGCUGCCGCGGCUGCUGCCGAAUGGGGGCACUUUCCGCGUGUUCAGCGCCGAGCUCACCGCGUGCGAAGGUUCUCCUCUCAAAUCGUUGAGACCGCCGAAGCCAAGAAGUCUUGACGAUCUGUUCAGCGACUCCCCGGAUUUUCGCAAGCCUUCCCAUUUUGCCUGUGGCGUGGACGACGAGAACUUUCCAGAGGGGAAAGAGGAAGAUCCGCUUGUGAGGUACGAUCUCACGUCCGUGAUCCUUCUAGGCGAGACCUCAGGAUUCUUGCUGGCCUUCCAUUGCUUGCAGGCCCGAGACCCCUGCUCGGUGUGA